AGGGGCGGGGCGAGGGCGGUGGAGCUUGCUGGUGCUGAUGCAGGAUGGCUGGGCGCGCAGGAGCCCGGGAGGUCUGAGCCGGGCGAGGCUCGCUCCCUGCACAUCGCUUCGCCUGCCCGUCGUGUGGUUGCCGGCAGGUGGAUCGAGGGCGCAGGGCCGGGCCAGGGCAGGAGGUCUGCGGUUGGCGGGGCCCGGGGCUGGCAGGCCGCCCACCUUCCCGGUCUCGGAGCGGCGAUGACCUGCUGAGGCGCUCGUGGGAGGCGGCAGGAGGCGGCCUAGCCGCGGGCGGUGAGGUUCGCGGCCUCCUCCCUCGUCGUGCCCAGCCCCGGCCCCGGCCCCGACCCGUCCCUGCGCCCCCUCCAGCAGCCGGCCGCGAUGGCGGAUCCAGCCGAAUGCAGCAUCAAAGUGAUGUGCAGGUUCCGGCCCCUCAACGAGGCGGAGAUCCUCCGCGGGGACAAAUUCAUCCCCAAAUUCAAAGGCGACGAGACCGUGGUGAUCGGGCAAGGGAAGCCAUAUGUCUUUGACAGAGUGCUGCCGCCCAAUACUACCCAAGAGCAGGUUUACAAUGCGUGUGCGAAGCAAAUUGUCAAAGAUGUCCUUGAAGGUUAUAAUGGGACCAUUUUUGCAUAUGGACAGACUUCAUCAGGCAAGACCCAUACCAUGGAGGGGAAGCUGCAUGAUCCUCAACUCAUGGGGAUCAUCCCAAGGAUUGCACAUGAUAUCUUUGACCAUAUUUAUUCUAUGGAUGAGAACUUGGAGUUUCAUAUCAAGGUUUCCUAUUUUGAGAUCUACUUGGACAAAAUAAGGGACUUACUUGAUGUAUCCAAGACCAACUUGGCUGUUCAUGAAGAUAAAAACAGAGUUCCAUAUGUAAAGGGAUGCACGGAGCGGUUUGUGUCAAGCCCGGAGGAGGUCAUGGAUGUCAUAGAUGAAGGCAAAGCAAACCGACAUGUGGCUGUAACGAACAUGAAUGAGCACAGCUCUAGAAGUCAUAGCAUCUUCCUGAUUAAUAUUAAACAAGAGAAUGUUGAGACUGAAAAAAAACUCAGUGGGAAGCUUUAUUUGGUUGAUUUGGCUGGUAGCGAAAAGGUCAGCAAAACUGGUGCCGAGGGAGCUGUUCUUGAUGAAGCUAAAAAUAUCAAUAAAUCUUUGUCUGCUCUUGGAAAUGUGAUCUCUGCCUUGGCAGAAGGGACAAAAACACAUGUGCCAUACCGGGACAGCAAGAUGACUCGGAUCCUCCAGGACUCUCUGGGUGGGAACUGUAGAACCACCAUUGUCAUUUGCUGCUCUCCUUCUGUCUUCAAUGAGGCUGAGACCAAGUCCACGCUCAUGUUUGGACAGAGAGCCAAGACCAUCAAGAAUACAGUCUCUGUAAACCUGGAACUGACAGCAGAAGAAUGGAAGAAGAAAUAUGAAAAAGAGAAAGAGAAAAACAAGACUUUGAAGAAUGUUAUCCAGCAUCUGGAAAUGGAACUGAACAGGUGGCGGAAUGGAGAGGCUGUGCCCGAAGAUGAACAGAUCAGUGCUAAGGACCAAAAGAAUCUGGAGCCCUGUGAUAAUACACCAAUCAUAGACAACAUUGCUCCUGUCGUUGCUGGCAUUUCUACAGAGGAGAAAGAGAAGUACGAUGAAGAGAUUUCCAGUCUCUACAGACAACUGGAUGAUAAGGAUGAUGAAAUUAACCAACAGAGCCAGCUGGCUGAAAAGCUAAAGCAACAGAUGUUGGAUCAGGAUGAGCUUCUAGCUUCCACAAGGAGAGACUAUGAAAAGAUACAGGAGGAGCUGACCCGUCUCCAGAUUGAAAAUGAGGCAGCCAAAGACGAGGUGAAAGAAGUUCUCCAGGCGCUGGAGGAGCUGGCUGUUAAUUACGACCAGAAGUCACAGGAAGUGGAGGAUAAGACGAGGGCCAAUGAGCAGCUGACAGAUGAACUGGCCCAGAAAACGACUACAUUGACAACCACACAGAGAGAACUGAACCAGCUACAGGAGCUUAGCAACCACCAGAAAAAGAGAGCUACUGAGAUCUUGAACUUGCUGUUGAAGGAUCUGGGGGAAAUAGGUGGAAUUAUUGGCACCAACGAUGUGAAGACCUUGGCAGAUGUGAAUGGAGUCAUUGAAGAGGAGUUCACCAUGGCCCGCCUGUACAUCAGCAAGAUGAAGUCAGAGGUCAAGUCCCUGGUGAACCGCAGCAAGCAGCUUGAGAGCGCCCAGAUGGAUUCCAACAGGAAGAUGAAUGCCAGUGAGCGGGAGCUGGCAGCCUGCCAGCUGCUCAUCUCCCAGCACGAAGCCAAGAUCAAAUCUUUGACAGACUACAUGCAGAACAUGGAACAGAAGCGGAGACAGCUGGAAGAGUCCCAGGACUCCCUUAGCGAGGAGCUGGCCAAGCUCCGGGCCCAAGAAAAAAUGCACGAAGUCAGUUUCCAAGAUAAGGAAAAGGAGCAUCUGACACGGCUACAGGAUGCUGAGGAGAUGAAGAAGGCGCUGGAGCAGCAGAUGGAGAGCCACCGGGAAGCUCACCAGAAGCAGCUGUCCAGGCUUCGAGAUGAAAUUGAGGAGAAGCAGAAAAUCAUUGAUGAGAUUCGGGAUUUGAAUCAGAAACUGCAACUGGAACAGGAGAAGCUCAGUUCUGAUUAUAACAAGCUGAAAAUAGAGGACCAAGAGAGAGAAAUGAAACUGGAAAAGCUCUUAUUGCUCAAUGAUAAAAGGGAACAAGCCAGAGAGGACCUUAAGGGACUGGAGGAGACAGUGUCUAGAGAACUACAAACUCUUCAUAACCUCCGUAAACUCUUCGUCCAGGAUCUGACCACACGAGUGAAAAAAAGUGUGGAGCUGGACAGUGAUGAUGGAGGAGGCAGUGCCGCCCAGAAGCAGAAGAUUUCCUUCCUGGAGAACAACCUGGAGCAGCUCACCAAGGUGCACAAGCAGCUGGUGCGGGACAACGCGGACCUGCGCUGUGAGCUGCCCAAGUUGGAGAAGCGUCUGCGAGCCACCGCUGAGCGAGUGAAGGCACUGGAGAGCGCGCUGAAGGAAGCCAAGGAGAACGCCAUGCGCGACCGCAAGCGCUACCAGCAGGAGGUGGACCGCAUCAAGGAGGCCGUCAGGGCCAAGAACAUGGCCCGCAGGGCGCAUUCGGCUCAGAUCGCCAAGCCUAUCCGCCCGGGACACUAUCCAGCCUCAUCUCCAACAGCGGUCCAUGCCAUCCGAGGGGGAGGAGGCGGCUCUUCAAACUCUGCUCACUACCAGAAAUAAAUACAGACAGAUAUGACUCCAUGGAGCAUGUCAAGGACUACCUUAACCACCAGUUCCUUCAUUUUUCCCCCUCCUAAAUACUUUUUUUUCCUUUUUCUUUUUAACACUUACUUACCCCAGCCAUCUGCAGUACACCAGUUUCAGGUAUUUUGAGCUGUGUAGAAUUUCUGUGUGUACAGAUGUGUGCUUGGACUUUGAUCUUUCUGAGAAAUUGAAAGGAGAGAGGAUUACAGAACAUCCGCUCACGACUCAGAAGCAUCUCCACUGACUCAGCCUCCAGGGCACUGGGCAGUCUCAGGCAGUCCCUGGGGCCUCCUCGUUUGGCAGUACACAUGACAGUACAUAUCCCAUCGGAGCCCCUGACAUGCCAUUCCCUGGAGCGAACAACCAAGUGCCGUGGAGGCGGUGAUCACACUCUGCCUCAACUGUCUGGUUUUCUGUAUAAUAAACACAUUACUUUAUAUUUUUAGGGAACAAAAAGUGCUGCUAUAGGGAAUAAAAUUUUCAUUCUGAACACUUUUCCGAAAACAAAGUACCCCACAGGAGCAUUUUGAAUAUCCCGGUCACAUCUUUGGAUCUGUAAAAUAUACCUUUUAGUAUGGCAUCUGUUAAAAUGCCCAGCAAAUUUCUUCAAGGCAGAAAAACAAGCUGACAGUAGCAGUGUAGAAUUUGUUCAUUCAAACACAUCUAUGUAAAUGCAAAAAGUCAUAAAAUUCACCUCCAAACUGCUUGCUACUGAACCUGCAGCAACUAGUCUCUGCCGGCCGAGUUGGUUUGAACAUCAUUCCUUCAGACAUGUUGAAAAUGUUGCAAAGUCAGAUGAGAGGAGAUGGGGCUGCCCCCCUUGCUUCUUCCUCCCAGAUCCUUCCAGAGCUUGCACUGGGGAUGACCUGUUUUGUCUGGGGAACCAUCUUAAGCUUGAAGAGGUCCUGCUAAAGAAAUCCAGCAUCAUUCCAGCAGCUGAAAGAAAGAGCCCAUGAGGGGAAAGUACAAGACAAAAUUUGAGCUGUCUAUGAAUAAGUUGUCAUUUUAACCCAUCAUUCCAGACUGUUUAUUGAACUUUCUUUGGCACCAAAUAGGCUUUAUAUUCUUCUAGGCAUAAUUAGAAGAAAUCAGUAUAAAUGAAUUUUUGCAUUUAGCUGUUAUUAUCCUAAUAUCUGAAUCUAAAGCUGAUUCCCUUUACUUCCAGUUGGGCAUAUUAAAAGGACUGAUUUCCAAAUCCUAAGGUUUUCAGGGAAACUGACAGGGAUCCAAGGAAGUUGAUCUUGUGUGCUGCUACUUGUUAUACAUACUUUGGGGUAGGUCAGUGACAACCCAACCAGUCUUGGUGAAAGCACCCAUCCUGUUAUCAUAUAUGCCCAAGAUGUGUGAGCUGGCACUGUCAUUUGCACCUGUCACGUAGGAGUGAAGUGUGUGCCAGGGGAGACUGGGUUUUCUCGUGGCCAUGUGGGCCAAAGAUAGUUCAAGUUGAGUAUGUGUGUGCGUUUGUGCGUGUAUGUGUGUGUAUGUAAAGUGCAAAGUACUGUGCAUUAACUUUCAAAUUCUACUUGUAUAAAAUUUUCCUAACAGUAAUGCUGCUUUGAUUUAAUUUAUUUGUUAAACGUUGCACUUUGUCUUUGUGUGUUUUGUUUUGGGAGAGUAUGAAAAGAUGAAUUCUGUUCAAGUAUUUAGUUCAUAAAAAUGACAAAUUUACACUCAUUAAUUAUUUUUCAUUUCUGAUUUUGUUGCCAUUGUCUGUCCAACAUUAUUGCUUGAUCACUUAUUUGUAGUCUGAUAGCAGAGUCCUUGCAGGGUGGGUUUUGCAAGUCUUAUCAGUUAAUAACAUGCCACAGAUUAUAACUUUGUUAGUAAUAUGUUUGCCUCUGAAUUUGGAAGCUAAAACAGUCUUUGACAAGGUUGCUGAUUAAAUAAUUGUUGGUAUAUACCACUUACUAUUGUCCAUCAGGCAGCUGUAUUACAUUGUGUUUGAUAACUGAACAAAGGUUGGUGAUUUUCUUUUUUCUUUUUUUUGGGGGGGUCAUUAUAAAAUGGAUUAUUUUAGAUUCAUUCCAAAGUCAUUUUUCCCUGGGUACCCCUUUUCUACUUCUGAUGCAUUGACUGGCCCUUUCAUAUUUCAAAAGAAACACUCAUUUGUAGUUCCAUAUUGCUUGAUCUCUACAAAGGCCUUACAAAAAUCACUCUAGUUUUUCACAGAGAAAGUUGGCUUUGAUGUCUUUUAAAGAUAAUUCUGCUAGUUGCUGAUCAGCCAGUCAGUUCACCUAGCUUCAAUCUUUAUGAGACCUCUGAUCUAAUUUUCCUAAGCUGUGACUAACAGGUAGGCAGCUCAUUAGAAUAGAUUAUAUAGUUUAUUCAAAUGUAUCCCUAAAUAUUAUUUUGUGUAAUAAGCUGGUUUUUAGAUCAGGGCCACAUACUCUUUUAAAAAUGCUGCAUUUAUGCAAUUUCCAUUUUUUACACAGUAUUGCUGUGCAUACUCUAAAUGAAAAAACUACAUUUCUGAGCCCGUCUAUGAUUAAAUUUUUUGUUGUGUGUUAUUUUUUUGCUUGUUUGUAUGUGUGUUUUUUCUCUUCUGAAUAAUUUUAUAUUUCAUGUCACUUCUGGAUAAUUCUCUCUUUGAUGCUAUCAGAGAGUAACCAGAUGGUUUAUAUAAAUAACAUCUACCUGCAGGAUGGUACAUUGCUAAAUUAGAAGAAAGCUGUUUGAGAUAUCAAGAUUUUUCGUUGGGACCCAAAAUCUAUUAUGGUAGUGCCAAAUGCAUUUUGGUCAAUUACUGGAGAACUCUGUAUGCACGUAUCAUCUGUUAAAUGCUGUACAGUUUUAUUGAAUGGCAGUUAGAAGACAAAACAAUAAAGGUGGUUAAGACUUUUAAAGAAAGUAGAAUCCUUUGAUUAAGAAGAUGAGAAUUUAUAGAAAUAUUGAAAUAAAUAAAAAUGGUUGUCUAGAGUGUAGUAUCUAGUGACUUUUUGAAACCCUCAAGUUCACAUACGGAAGUGAUAUUCCUGUCCAAGUUAUCACCAGGACUCAGGGGGGCUUAUCAGCUCUACUUUCCUGUAGAAAGAGCUAAAAGCAAAUGAAAGUUCCUAACACUCCCCUCUUCUGAAAUGUACAUUUGAACAGGGCAGGAGUCAUUUGGACUCUGGAAAGAAGAUAUAUUAGUAACAUUUUUCAUUUGCAGAGGAUAGAGGAGAUUUUAUUGUAUAAUCUUGAAAAUCUUGAGCAAACUAAAGGAACCAUAUGUCUAAUACUGUUUAAUUUAAAAUUGACGAUGUAGACUUUAUUUUAAAAACGUAUUGAAUAAAGGCCAGGUGACUGUUGAAGAAAGCAGCAAUCCAUGAAGUCUGCUUACUUAUUUAAAAAUCGUGUAUCAAUUUUAAAUACUUUCCAGUAUUUGCAGAUUUAAGGGGAAUAGGGCAUUCUGUAGAAUUAUAUAUGUCUGGUUUGUAAAGUGUGUCCUGUGUACUGCAGAUGUGUGUUCUCUGGGUUUUAUGUAUCUGUACAGUAGUUUUCAUUUUAAAGAAAAAAAUUGUGGACAAACUUGUUUUGGUGGUUUUUGGGGGAGAAUGGCAGUUUGUAUCAAGUAACAAUGUGAUACCAUAGUGUGUGUCAUAAAAGACCUGAAAAUAACCCUCCCCUGGCCUGUGGAAAAUUUUGGUUAUCUUCUAGGCUCUAAAAUGAAGAUGUAUGGAUACUCGGCAGACUGCAUGUUGUAUAAUUGAGAUAUAAAAAAGUGGACAAUAAAACUCAAUUAAACUUUG